AAAGCUCUCUCUUUCUCGGAGACGGUGGGAGAAGCGGCUGUUCAUCGCACAUUACGCCUUCUGCGAAGGGGCGUUUCUCCAAAUCGCUUAGCCAGAGCUCAGACGGAGGAAGCAGCGGAGAGAAGAGGGUCCCCUGGCAGAUCGUUGCCCCAGCGUGCAAGCGCAGAAGGAAGGCAGGCCAAAACCACUCCGUUCGAGAGCCCUGAAUUGCCAUUGCCUACUUCUGAAGAACAGCGGCAGACAGGACAGCAAAGAGAGCCUGUAUUUGGGAUGAACGGUAGAAGAAAACUGGAGGCAUCCCUGCCCAAAAGGAAGGAGACAGAAGAGAAUGGAAAAUCAGGAAGUGUCAGCUUGCCAGAAUUGCCACAACCGCAAGCCGGGACAGAAAGCGACAAGAUGCCGAGGGCCCAGCUGUCCCAGGAGGAGGAAGAUCGCCUCAGGCCCACAGAGAUCACCUCUGGUAUAGAAGAGGGUCUACAAACGGCGGAGGCUUGGAAUCAGGGCAGGAGGCAGUUGCGAACCGAGCUGGAAAGCUUCGGGGACAUUGAAAAAUGGCUGAGACAAAAACCUUCCCAAAAUGAUCAAGAAAAAAGAUACCGGGAAAGACCAAAGGCACGCAGAGCAGACAGGAGGGCUGUUGUCCAGUCGGCCGUGACCGACAGCCUGGACCAGUCACCGCCAAAGAGCAGCCAGCCCCAGAAGGGCAGCAUUCCCCUUGUUUGUACACCAUACCCCCAGGCUCUUGUCACGCCGCAUAACCUCCUGCAGAAAAAGAAGCUGAGGCUGGUGGACGUAUUCAAGAAGGCUGGCAUGGAGAGGAGGAAGAUCAAGAGAGAAGACUUCAUUAAAGUCAUCAAGGAGACCAAAGUUCCCAUCAGCGACAAGGAUCUGGAGGACGCGGUCAUCUUCUUGACUUCCUCAAAACCGGGGAAUCUUACAAGUCCCGAAGACCUGACUGAGUGUCAAAAGCAGUGGCUGGAAAUGAGGAAAGGACAAUCCCAAGAGAGCAGAACAGGGGUAGAAGCUCAGUUCCAGAAAGCCACCUGCAAAACUGCCACUUGUCCACCACCUGCUGGGGGCACAGCCAAAGGGAUGAAGCCUCGUGCUCCUACCAAGCCCGAAAGACAGUUAAUACGCUUGGAGGUUCCACCAGUCAACACCAAGCCAGAACGACAAAACCUGAGCUGUGAUGAAAUGGAAGAGACUGGAAAGCUCUCUCUUUCUCGGAGACGGUGGGAGAAGAGCAAAGACAGCCCGAUAGAAUGGAAAGAAAAGAUGCCGGAUGGUGAGAUCUGACUAAUGUGGCUGUCGGGGGUUGAACAGGAUCAAGGGCUGGUGCCAGGAAGGGCUUAAGGCCUCCCUCCAAGAAAACAGGUCUCAGAAGGAAUCCCGCGGCUGUUCAUCGCACAUUACGCCUUCUGCGAAGGGGCGUUUCUCCAAAUCGCUUAGCCAGAGCUCAGACGGAGGAAGCAGCGGAGAGAAGAGGGUCCCCUGGCAGAUCGUUGCCCCAGCGUGCAAGCGCAGAAGGAAGGCAGGCCAAAACCACUCCGUUCGAGAGCCCUGAAUUGCCAUUGCCUACUUCUGAAGAACAGCGGCAGACAGGACAGCUGUCCCAGGAGGAGGAAG